GCCUACUUUAUUUCCAAUCCUUACGCCAGAAGACCGCCCAAUCAUGCCUCGCGCACCUAAAGUCACCGUCAAGGAGGAAAGUCCGAAACCGUACACACCGUACUCGAAGAAGGUUGUCAAAGUCAGUGGGAAAGAUGUUGAAAGGGUUGGCGUAGAGGCGUUUGUCUUUAUCUCGUUGAGUAGCUGGCAGACAGUGGAAUGCGUCGAUUCCGAGACUCGCGAAAAAUGGUUCAGAAAUGUCAUGGCGAACGUGUGGAAAUCUCUAACAGCGGGAGAGCAUCAGGUCGCCAGUAUUACUACGUGUAUGGCGUUUUCGGCAAAGGCGUCUCAACGUUCCAGUCACUGGAGGCCACGGGCAGACAUGGUGUUCGAUGAGCUCGGAGGUAACUGUAGUGAUUACGACGCAUGGUUAAGCAGUUGUCUGCCGCUCAAGAAACCGAUCAUCAUCGUCGGGGUCGUCGAUCGUCAAGAUAGCUGGAAUGAACUGCUGAAGAAGGUGGAAAAAUGCGAUGCUCUGGCCAUUCAUAAACUGGAAUACGCGUAUUCCAUCACUCCGGCGUUGUUGAAGUUCGUCUUUGAACGAGAUCCAGAGGGUACGAUCGAAUCCAAGGAGCAGACUGAGAUUGUAGAUCUCGCUGGAUAA